AUGGCGACCGAGGGAACUACUCAUCGGCUGGUGGAGUACGGGGCCAGAGUUACCUACGAAGGAGAACUGUCGAAUUCGAAUGGCCGGAAGAAAGGUGUUGGCACACUCACCCUGGCGGAUGGAAAAGUAUACUCUGGUAGAUUCGACAAUGGCUACUGUGAUGGUGUGGGAGUUCUGACGUAUGAUGAUAACUCUUCAUACCGAGGGGAGUUCAGAGAGGGGAAAUUCCACGGAUUUGGUGAGCUGCGUCAGGGCUCGUCCACUUUCCAAGGAAAAUUCGUCACUGGCCAGGUCACCUCGGGCAGAUUGCAGACGACUGUUGGCAAACGGCUGAUGUCCGUCAGUGGGUCUUUUGCUAAUGGCUCCGUGUCGCGUAUGUCGGAAUCCAGUGUGAACGAGCUUGUUAGCAAGGCAGUGGCGUGUGCCGAGCAAGCUGACAAGGAGGCAGCCAGGUGCAAGUAA